CUUGUCUAUCCUUCCCUUUCUCCCCGUUUUUUUCCUCCUCCCGCAGCAGACAAGACAGACAAGGCAAGGCGUCAUCCCCACCGCCCGUCAAGGUGGCUUUGGCAGGUCGAAAGUCUCUACCAACCUAAAAAUCUUCGACACUGACUGCACGUUCAACGAAACUCAACGUGCCUUACCUGACAUCAGCUGCAUCUUGUCUGUCGUUCGAGCCGGCGCCCGGAACUUGUGCAAACCAAACAGUUUUGAACCCCACCCGCCCAUCACGCACAGUUCCCCCUUGACUUUACAACCGCCCAGAAUAAAGAAAAGAACCCCCUAAGAAACCGGCCAACCAAAAAAAAAGAAAAAAAAAGAAACGAUCGAGCCCGAAAAGAACAUAUCGAACCGAAUACGAUUAUCAACAAAACAGAAAACAAACAAAGCGAAUCAACCGCAAAACACUGUGUGUGCGCUCAUCUGCCGGUCGGCGCGCGACAAGCAAACGACCAAGCAGAGCCAACUAAUUCGCUCCUUUCGAAAACAAGAAAAAGACGACACAACCAUGUCGGGAGAGGGACAAACGGCGGCGGCGGUGGCGCCUACGUCGCAGGCGAACGCUAGCGCGAAGGAACAGACGCAGGCAGCACAGGCAGACUCGCAAGUCAAGACAUCAGGGUCGCCGGCGACAGCAAACUCCAAUAUUCCAACCAACCAGCCGGGACAUCCGAGCUUCCGAAGACAAAGAGCAUCUCGAGCUUGCGAGGUCCGAUGCGAUGCCGCCAGCCUCGGCAUACCAUGCACCAACUGUGUCGCCUUCCAGAUUGAAUGUCGUAUUCCCUCUCCUAAAAGGAAGAAGACGCAUGCUACCCAAUCAGCCACACAAUCUAGAGAUUCUGACAGUGAACGCGAGCGCGAGGCCGACGAUGAUCCAACACCGCCUGCCAACAGCGGCCCCGCUGCCCCAAACUUCACGCGCCCGGCCGCCGUCUUUCAUACGAGCGAGGGGACCCCCAACACUACGAUGGGCGAAGAACAGGCCAAGAAGGUAGAGGUUGACCGAAAUAAAUACGUCGACAUGCUAGUAAGGCCGCAAUUCACAAGAGCGCCCAUCAAGGAUGCUGGCAGGGUUGCAUUCCUGGGAGAGUCUUCAAACCUCACGCUAUUGGUGCACGAUAGGCAGGGCUCCGACUCGGAUGUGGUCCAUUACCCCUUGCCGGAAAAUGUCAAAGGGUCGAGGGCGAGGAUGACCGAGCUGGACAACGUCGAGAUUGACAUCUUGCACCAACGCGGCGCCUUCCUCCUUCCUCCCAGGUCACUAUGCGACGAACUCAUUGAUGCUUAUUUCAAGUGGAUACACCCAAUAGUCCCCGUCAUCAACCGCACACAUUUCAUGAACCAGUAUAACGACCCCAAGAACCCACCGUCACUACUUCUACUCCAGGCGAUACUGCUUGCAGGCUCUCGGGUCUGCACAAACCCGGCGUUGAUGGAUGCCAAUGGUUCAUCGACCCCUGCAGCUUUGACUUUCUACAAGAGGGCAAAGGCCCUUUACGACGCCAACUACGAAGACGACAGGGUGACUCUCGUCCAGGCUCUACUCCUUAUGGGCUGGUACUGGGAGGGUCCUGAGGAUGUGACCAAGAACGUGUUCUACUGGACUCGGGUUGCUACCGUGGUCGCUCAGGGCUCGGGCAUGCACAGGAGUGUAGAGUCGUCACAGUUAAGUCGAGCAGACAAGAAACUGUGGAAACGUAUCUGGUGGACUCUAUUCACGCGCGAUCGCUCAGUGGCUGUAGCACUGGGCCGGCCGGUCCACAUAAACCUCGACGACUCUGACGUGGAGAUGUUGACAGAGGAGGACUUCAACGAGGACGAGCCCGGUCUCCCAAGUCAAUAUCCGCCAGAUCAAAGACAUGUGCAGUUCUUUCUGCAAUAUGUCAAGCUCUGUGAAAUCAUGGGCCUUGUGCUCUCCCAACAGUACUCGGUAGCAUCCAAAGGUCGACACAGGAACCCGAUCGACUUGACACAUAGCGACAUGGCGCUGGCGGAUUGGCUACAAAACUGCCCCAAGAUCGUGUAUUGGGAGAUGCCUCGGCAUCACUUUUGGUCUGCGUUGCUGCACUCCAACUACUACACUACACUAUGUCUUCUCCACAGAGCGCACAUGCCGCCAAGUGGAUAUCAGAAUAAAUUCCCCGAAGACUCGGCAUAUCCGUCACGCAACAUCGCUUUCCAGGCGGCGGCGAUGAUUACCUCCAUCAUUGAGAACCUGUCGGCGCACGACCAACUGCGAUACUGUCCCGCUUUUAUCGUUUACAGCUUGUUCUCGGCGCUCAUCAUGCACGUAUACCAGAUGAAGUCCCCAGUGCCAACGAUUCAGCAAGUGACACAGGACAGGAUACGGACAUGUAUGCAAGCGCUGAAAGAUGUUUCGCGUGUUUGGCUUGUCGGUAAAAUGGUCUGGACGUUGUUUCAAUCCAUCUUGGGCAACAAGGUUCUAGAGGAGAGACUUCAGAAGGCCGCCGGUAAACGACAUAGGAAAGCACAACAAAUUCUGAACAGGCUCGACCAGCAUGCCGCGCAGCAGCAGCAACAUGAACAAAACUCACAUCAGCCAUCACUCCAUGAGGCCAAACGGAAGUACGACGAGAUGGCGAUUGACUUCAACAACACGCCACAACCGCAGGAGUCGUAUGUACGAUCGCGGCCACAGACCCCCAGCAUAUCGGCGAGGCAUGAAACGGCUGGAGGCGGCCACGUGAAUGGCAACAACGGUGCCAUGCCACCACCUCUGACGUCUCCGAAUGCCCGGUUGGACGCUUUCAUGGGAGGAACUGGAUCGCACCCAACGACGAGACCUGCUACGCCGUUCAACCCAUCCAUGUCAAUGCCCACGACUCCCCCGGAUUUGUACCUGGUCACCAGAAAUUCGCCCAACCUAUCGCAGUCGAUAUGGGAGAACUUCCAGCCCGAUCAGCUCUUCCCAGAAAGUGCGCAUAUGCCGGCAUUCCCACCACAAAUGUCGCCACAGCAGACGCACCAAAAUGUCGACCCGAGCAUGAUGCAGUUCAACCAAGGUUCGCAGGCUGGGGAAAAUCACAGUGCGCAGGGGACGUCGUCGGAGCCAUUCGGGGCACAGAUAAAGACGAGCGGCAGCCCACUGCAGAACAGCGGCAGUCCGGUACAGUUUGGCCAGAUGUCGGGCAACGGGCUACCCGCUGGCUUCUGGGCCAAUUUGGAUACGGCUGCCGGUCCGAUACAGGACGGUCAAAGUCCCGACAGCUGGGGCAGUGCCUCAUCUGCCCACGGUGGUCCUGCGGUGCCGUCCACGCUCAACGUCGAAGAUUGGCUACAAUUCUUUGGUAUCAAUGGGAAUGGCGAAAACCUGAAUAUUGACUUUUCCGCACUUAUUUAAACUGCGGUAUUAGCAUGGGCGGUGGAAUGAAUGUAUCAAUGCACUAAUUUUUGCAAUGUGCCGUCCAUCUUUUUUUUUUUCAAGAAGUUAUCAGCCUUCACGAACAUGACCAAUGAUGCAUUAACUGGCCAAUUGUUUAUUGCCAGGAUUUCCAGGUGGAAGUAUUUGGGAAACUGGUUUUUUCUGCAGUAUUGGGAGUAGAGCGUGUAUUGCUUAAAUAAAUCCAAGCCAGGGCUGCUCACGGCUGGCCCUCUUUUCUGUCUGCUUGUUUUUUCUCAUCUCAUCGCUUAUCUAUCUCAUGAAGGUCUGAGGAUUGUGUACUUGGCUUACCUGGCUAGCUAUUAUUUUGAUUUGAU